AUGCAACUGGAGUAUCACCUAAACAUGUCUGAUUUUAUUGAGAGCGAGGCUGAGGAGUCGGAGGAAGAGUUGGAAGAAAAAGAUUUAAAGCCAAAGAAAACCCAACGAUUUGCUGAAGAUGAUGACGAAGAGGAAGAAGAGAAUACAGAGGACCAGGAUGAGCAGGGGAAUCUUCGAGGACUCAUUGAUGAUGGAGAUGAAGAAGAAGAGGAGGAAGCUCAGCAAAGUAGGAGCGGAGGAGGCAGCGACUCGGAGGAUGAGGUUAUGCGCCGGCGGAAAAAGAGAGCCUACGAUGAUUAUCUGGAUGAUGACGAUCUCGACCUUAUCGAGGAAAACUUGGGAGUUAAAGUCAAACGAAGGAAAAAGAAAUACGAUCGUGUGAAGAUGAUGGACGAUGACGAGGAUGACGAGAAAGACAUGAUCGCAGACGAGAUCUUCCACGGAGAUGCAGACGGCGAGGGCGAUCUGGAGGAAGGAGACGCUUUGGAGGAGCCGCUGCAACAGCCUGACGAUGAGGAGGGACCAGAGGAUGAAGAGUCCGAUAUUGAUGACUUCAUUGUGGACGAUGAUGGCCAGCCAAUCACAAAGAAGAGAGGGAAGAAAAUCUCUGGAUACACGGACGCGGCUCUGCAGGAGGCCCAGGAGAUUUUCGGCGGAGAUUUCGACUUUGCCGAUUUCGACGUCGACACCUACGAUCAGGAUCAGGAGGAGGAGGAGGACCAGGACGAGGAGGGCUGGGACCGUCCCAAGAAACAGACCAAGAGGAGACUGGGACGAAAGAGCAUCUUCGAAAUCUACGAGCCGAGUGAGCUGGAGAGCAGCCACAUGACCGACCAGGACAACGAGAUCCGGACCACAGACAUGCCUGAGAGAUUCCAGUUGAGGGCGAUCCCUGUCAAACCCGCUGAAGACGACGAGUUAGAAGAAGAAGCCGAGUGGAUCUUCAGACACGGCUUUUCCACUCUCACCAUCUCUAUGCAGGAGAGCACCGACUAUCUCGACCGAGGGACAACCACAAACUUCAGUAGGAAAGGCCCCAGUACAAUCGCCAAGAUCAAAGAGGCGCUCAACUUCAUGAGGAAUCAACAGUUUGAGGUCCCCUUCAUAGCAUUUUACAGAAAAGAAUACGUGGAGCCCGAGCUGAACAUCAAUGACCUGUGGAAAGUUUGGCAGUGGGACGAAAAGUGGACUCAGCUGAAGAGCCGGAAGCAGAACUUGACCCGUCUGUUCCGGAAGAUGCAGUCGUUUCAGUACGAGCAGAUCUCCGCGGACCCCGACAAACCUCUGGCCGACGGCAUCCGACCCCUGGACACGGCUGACAUGGAGAGGUUAAAGGACGUCCAAACUCUGGAAGAGCUGAGCGACGUGUACAACCACUUCCUGCUUUAUUACGGCCGUGACAUUCCCAAAAUGCAGAACGCCGCCAAAUCCAACAGCAAGAAGAAAAUCAAAAAGAUCAAAGAAGUCAACGAGGACGGUGAGGAGGAGGAGGUGGAGGUGGAAGAGGAAGAGGAGCAGAAAGGCCCAGACCUGAAGCUGGCCUCGCGUCGGGACAUGUACAGCAUCUGUCAGAGCGUAGGCCUGGACGGUUUGGCAAAGAAGUUCGGUCUGACCCCAGAGCAGUUUGGUGAGAAUCUGCGAGACAGUUACCAGCGGCACGAGACGGAGCAGUUCCCCGCCGAGCCCGGGGAGUUGGCUAAAGACUACGUGUGCAGCCAGUUCGCCAACGCCGAGAUGGUGCUGGAGGGGACGCGCUACAUGGUGGCUAUGCAGAUUGCCCGAGAGCCACUGGUCCGACACGUGCUGCGACAGACCUUCCAGGAGCGAGCAAAGAUCAACAUCAAACCCACCAAGAAAGGCAAAAAGGAAGUAGAUGAAGCCCAUUUCGCUUACUCCUUCAAGUAUCUGAAAAACAAACCAGUGAAAGAGCUGAACGGGGAUCAGUUUCUGAAAAUGUGCCUGGCAGAAGACGAGGGGCUGCUGACCAUCGACAUCUGCAUCGACCUCAUCGGAGUCAAAGGCUUUGCCGGGGACCAGACGUACUUCGACGAGAUCAAGCAGUUCUACUACAGGGACGAGUUCAGUCACCAGGUGCAGGAGUGGAACAGGCAGCGAACCAUGGCCAUCGAGAGGGCGCUCAACCAGUUCCUCUAUCCUCAAAUGUCCAAAGAGCUGAAGGCCAAACUUGUCAUGGAGGCCAAGGAAAGCAUCGUGAGGUCUUGUUGUCGACGGUUGUACAACUGGCUGAAGGUCGCCCCCUACAGGCCGGACCAGCAAAUAGAGGAAGAAGACGAUGACCUGAUGGACGAGAGCCAGGGCAAAGGCAUCCGCGUGAUGGGAGUGGCCUAUGCGCCCAGCAGAGACACGCCAGUAUUUUGUGCACUUAUAAACGGAGAGGGAGAGGUGGCAGACUUCCUCCGGCUGCCGUAUUUCAUGAAGAGGAGAAACGCCUUUCGAGACGACGAGAGGGAAAAGAAGGCCGACGACAUGGAAACCCUGAAGCACUUUUUAUCGAGCAAGAAGCCGCACGUUGUGGCUGUGGCCGGAGAAAACAGAGACGCUCAGAUGAUCAUGGAGGACAUCAAGAGAGUGAUCGGCGAGCUGGAGCAGGAGUCCUCGCUGCCCGCCGUCGGAGUGGAGCUGGUCGAUAACGAACUCGCCACGCUUUAUAUGAACAGCAAGAAGUCAGAAACAGACUUCAGAGAUUAUCCUCCGCUGCUGCGUCAGGCCGUGUCUAUUGCCCGAAAGAUCCAAGACCCUCUGGUGGAGUACGCCCAAGUCUGCAGCAGCGACGAAGACAUCCUCUGCCUCAAACUGCACCCGCACCAGGAGCACGUGGUGAAGGAGGAUCUGCUCAACGCCCUCUACUGCGAGUUCAUAAACCGAGCCAACGAGGUGGGAGUGGACGUGAACAAAGCCAUUGCUCACCCUCACACCCAGAGCCUGGUGCAGUACGUGUGCGGGCUGGGACCCAGGAAGGGCUCCCAUCUGCUCAAGAUUUUGAAACAGAACAAUACUCGCCUCGAAAACCGGACUCAGCUUGUUACAAUGUGUCACAUGGGUCCAAAAGUGUUCAUCAACUGUGCGGGGUUCAUCAAGAUCGACACGGCCUCGUUGGGAGACAGCACGGACUCGUACAUAGAGGUGCUGGAUGGGUCCCGUGUGCAUCCGGAGACGUACGAAUGGGCUCGAAAGAUGGCGGUGGAUGCCCUGGAGUAUGACGAGUCUGCUGAAGACGCCAACCCGGCCGGAGCCCUGGAGGAAAUCCUGGAAAACCCGGAGCGUCUCAAAGAUCUGGAUCUGGAUGCAUUCGCAGAGGAACUCGAGAGACAGGGCUAUGGAAACAAGGGAAUCACGCUGUACGACAUCCGCGCCGAGUUGAGCUGUCGGUAUAAAGACCUGCGAGUCCCGUACAGGGUCCCGAACACAGAGGAGGUCUUCAACCAGCUCACCAAGGAGACUCCAGAGAGCUUCUACAUCGGUAAACUCAUCACAAGUAUAGUGACCGGUAUCGCUCACAGACGGCCUCAGGGAGAGAGCUACGAUCAGGCCAUCCGCAACGACGCCACCAGUCUGUGGCAGUGUCCCUUUUGUCAACAGGACAACUUCCCCGAGCUCAGCGAGGUUUGGAACCACUUUGACAGCGGCUCGUGUCCGGGCCAGGCCAUAGGAGUGCGAUCGCGGCUCGAUAACGGCGUCCAGGGAUUUAUACCCACUAAAUUCCUCAGCGACAAAGUGGUGAAGCAUCCGGAGGAGAGAGUCAAGGUCGGGAUGACGGUCCACUGCCGCAUCAUGAAAAUUGACAUUGAGAAGUUCAGCGUCGACCUCACGUGCCGCACGUCGGACCUGAUGGAUCGAGCGAACGAGUGGAAGCUUCCCAAAGACACGUACUACGACUUUGACACCGAGACCGAGGACCUGAAACAAGAGGAGGAGCUGAAGAAGAAGCAGCAGAGAACACCGUACAUCAAGCGUGUGAUCGCCCACCCCAACUUCCACAACAUCAGCUUCAGUCAGGCCGAGAAGAUGAUGGAGGCUCUGGACCAGGGAGACCUGAUCAUCCGGCCCAGCAGCAAAGGAGAGAACCACCUCACCGUCACGUGGAAGGUGGCGGAGAACAUCUACCAACACGUGGACGUGAGGGAGGAGGGCAAAGAGAACGCCUUCAGUCUGGGACACACACUCUGGAUCAACACAGAGGAGUUUGAAGACCUGGAUGAAAUCACGGCUCGCUACAUUCAGCCGAUGGCGGCGUUCGCUCGGGACCUUCUGGGCCAUAAAUACUUCCAGGACUGUAACGGCGGCAGUAAAGAGAAAAUGGAGGAAAUCUUGGUCAAGUCGAAGCGAGAAAAACCCACUUUCAUUCCUUACUAUGUCUCGGCUUGUAAAGAGUUACCCGGGAAGUUUUUAUUGGGAUACCAGCCUCGAGGAAAACCAAGGUAG